CCUAUGCACCAGCUCCCCACCCCAUGGCUCCUCCCAGCCCCAGCACAAACAGCACCAGCAACAGCAGCGGGGAACAGUUGAGUAAAACCAACCUGUACAUCCGAGGCCUUCCACCAGGCACCACUGACCAGGACCUAAUCAAGCUGUGCCAACCGUAUGGAAAAAUUGUAUCCACAAAGGCAAUUCUGGACAAAAACACAAAUCAGUGCAAAGAUGAGGAAACUGAGUCCAGGAGAGGCACACAAUCAGUAAAAGACAGAGCCAGAAUCCAAACGAGAGAAGCUACAAUCGGAAGAGACAGAAUCAGAAUUUAAGUCCAGAGAGGCUAGCUCCAGAAUCUUUUAACAACCUGCAGACAGAAGGCUCACGCUGCCACUUAUAUAUCUACCAAAAUAUAACUACUGUUGACCUCUUUGUUGAAAGCUUAAGAUCAUGAGUUAUUUAAUCUAGUUUGGGCAUGCAGUCAGUUUGGAAUGUUCCUUAUCUCCAUUUA